GCGAAGAUGAAAGAAAUAAAGUAGGAAAUUAAAGUAGUUAAGUUAAAUAGUUAAAGACCUGUGGAGAAGGGUAAGGCGUAAUAGCAAAAUUACGCCUUGAAUUCUCGAGUUUCGUAGUCAGUCCUUUCCAGUCCUUCAAAGUAAAUGGAACAUCCCGAGGAACGUUACUACAAGUUGAACCGAUUUUUGUUAUCGGUCAACGGGUUAUCGCCUUAUCAAAAUGUAUGGAACGCCCGAUUGAUAAGACUCUUUAUCACUGUCAUCUUAGUGUCGGCUCUCUUUACUGAGGCAUCGACUACUUUAACAUCUGAAGUCAAUCAAGAAUUGUUAGUUGCUAUAAUACCAGAAAUUCUACCUACGUUGGUUGUUACAAUAAACUUGUAUUUGCGUCACGGGAACAUAGACAAGUAUAAGAAACUCUUUGACUACAUGUGGAGAGACUGGGCGUUGCAAAAAACAAAAGAUGAAAUUAAAAUCAUGCACGACUAUGCUGAGACUACGAGAUUAGUGAUGCUUCUUUUUACGCUUCAGAUGUGGAUAAUCGUAGUGGUGUACAUCGUGUGGAUAUUCACGCCGGAAAUUCUUGACGUCAUAUCGCCCCUGAACGAGUCUCGCCCGCGAAUUGAAAGCUUUAAAUUAGAAUUCUUCAUUGACAAGGACCGAUACAUUUACUUUACCCGGUUCUAUAUAUGCUUUGUGGCUAUAAUCAUAAUUACCAUUUUUCUUAGCAAUUUCUCUAUUGUACUGACUUUCACGCAACACGUUUGCGGGAUGUGCAAGUUGCUGGGGUAUCGCGCGGAGCACUUAUUUUGUGUUAUCGAGAAUACGGCAGGAUGCAAUUUAAUUCGCGGGACAAAGAUAGGGUGUAGGGACACGGCUGUUUUCGUACGGCUGCAUUGCAACGUUAUACAAUUUAUUAGCCUAAUCGAAGCUUGCCAUAGAGUACCAUUUCUAUGUGAACUCAUAGGAAUACUGUUUAAUGUGAGCAUGACAUUGAUACAGAUAUUAACCAUUGCUGGCAAUAUUGAGCGUGCUAUUACAUCUAUUAGUAGUACUACUAUGAUACUGACGUAUUCGUUUAUAUCUAAUUACAUGGGACAAAGAAUAACAGACAUGAGCUCUAACAUGUGCGAGAAAGUAUACAAUUGUGCAUGGUAUAAUGUAGCUGUUUCGGAGCAGAAAUCUGUACUAUUCAUAAUAAGACGACGUUUCCCUCCACUUGUGCUAACCGCCAAUAAGUUUUAUACAAUGUCUCUGCAGAAUUUUGGAAUGAUUCUUCAAACGGUGAUCUCCUAUUGCAUGUUCUUCAGACAAAUAUGAAGACACUUCCACCUGACAUAGGAAUAACGUAGGAAAUACAGGGAAUAAUAUCACAAUAUGUUUUUAAUAUGUAGUGAUCCUAUUUUAAUCAACACGUCGAAAAAAUAUUUAAAUGACAUUGUAUUGUAAAGAAUAUCGUAAGUGAAAUCUGAUC